AGAAGUUUGAAAUGAUAUAAGGGCUUGAGUGUGUCAGGCACCAUUCAGAUCCUCUCAAAUUCCAAAUCCCAAAUCGUAAUUUUGCAGAUUUUCCGAUAUUGAUCGGAUUUAUCGAUUCGUUUAUCUGCGGUUUGCCUUUUGGCUAUUCCAAUAUUUUUAACGAAGAAGAAGUAAAUCCAGAAGCCAAUGGGAGAAAGGAAGUCUCCGUCGAAGAAAAAAUCUUCCAAAAAGAAGAGGCUCAAAGUUUCCUCUAAGAUACGGAAGAGAAAAAGCAGAAGAAACAAAUCCAAGAAGUUAUCCAGUUCUGAGGAUGACUCGUCAUCUUCUGCUUCCUCUGAUUAUUCUAGCAGUUCACAGUCUUUGUCCUCCGAUUCAGAGGUUGAUUAUAGUAGGAAAAGACGUAGGAACUCACGUGUUAUGAAACACGUGAAGAAAAGAACUCGGAGAAGAUCCUGUAGCCGAGAUGUCAGUGAGGGUUCACCCCCUGUAAAGAAAAGAAAAAGGUCAAAUAGAAAGAGUCUUGAUUAUGGGAGAAAAGUGCAGAAGAAGCGAAAGAGACACGCUAGUAUUAGCUCCACGAACAGUCACUCAAGAAGUUGUAGUUGCCGACGUGAAAAUAGUAUUACCUCCAGAGGUAGAGAUUCUAAGAGCUUUUCCACUUGCCAAGAUGAAACUAAUAGUGGUAAUGAGGACACCAAUCUUCAGAUUCCCAGGAUUAAGUCUAGCAAAAAGAUGAAAGAAAAGAAAAUUUGUAAUGAGCCAAGAACUGGCAGAAGGAGCGGAAGUAGGGGGCCAGUUUGUUCUUUAUGUAACCAUCAUUCAUGUUCUUGUAAUACUACUCACAAUGGGAAGGAAUAUGUAGAAGAGAGUAAUCCUAAUCGCUUAAGAUCUUUUAUUACUAUUCCAGAAAAGACACGUGAGGAAGAGGGCGACGAACAGGGACCAGAUAUGCUUAAAGAAGAGAUUUUGAAUAAGCUCCAUGAUUGUCCUUCAUGCAGAAACCAUGACAAUAAUGACCUGGAAAUUAAAGGGAAAUUAGCUUCUUGUUCUUGUUUCCCGUCCAUUCAGACAAUGCAGGAUGGAAAUUUGAAAAUUGAUGAUUCAUUUCCUCCCAAUAGUGAAACUUUUGGCCCCAGAAAAGUUGAUGGUGGUCUGGAUCCUCAUCCAAAUAAAGUCAAAGAAGUAAGUCAUGAUAAUGGAGGUGAGAGUAGGAAUUCUAAUAAUAUUGCUAAUACAGGAGUUGAGGAUCUUGAGACUGUCUUAAGGAAAAAGGCGUUGGAGAACUUGCAGAAGUUUCGUAAAGAGCUUCAAACAAAUUUAAAAUCUGGUGCCAAGGAAAAGAAGAAUGGCAGUGAUGUUAAUCAGUUAUCCCCUUCAAAGACUGAGGUUGUACCAUACAAGUCUCUGGAGCAGGGGAAAAAAGAAGGAUUGGCUUUAAAUCAAGUUGUAGAAUGUAGGAGCAAGCUUGUAAUUACUGAGGAAUUUUCUCAUUCCACAGAGAUUGAGAUAAAUACUCCAGUCGAAGAGAAUAAUGGAAAAGGAUCUGGCUGCGUUGAGCUAGGUUUUACACAACCUGCUGAUAGAUCAGCACUCUCACAGAGUCCAGAACAGGAGAAACAUACCACUGGACCAGUUCUUAGCAAUGAACCUGAACCUGGUAAACUAUUAUGCAGUACCACAGUACAGACAAAUAAAAAGGAAAAUCCAUUGGCUUCCAAGAGAAACAUAAUAAAAACACCAGUUCCCAUGAGACCUGGAGCUCUUAGCACUGGGACCAGCGAUAACUUAGACACGGGAACUGUUAAUGCCGGUAUCCGCCCUACUGUAGAAACUACUUCUAGUGUCAGAUCCACAUCUGACGGACUUACUUCAAAACACCAACCAGAUGAAACCAAGGAUGCCUCUGAGUUCGAACAAAAGACCAUGUCUGUAAUGAGGGGUGGUGAAAUGGUACAGGUAAACUACAAGGUCUACAUCCCCAAGAGGGCUCCUGCUCUGUCCAGGAGAAAACUCAAGCGGUGAUGUGGCUCAGUUAAAUUUUCAUGCCAAUUUUGUUUCAUUUGUAGAUUCUUAAUCAAAUUGGCUUUGCUGCAAUGUACUGAGUCAGGACUUAGUGCUAGUUGGCUGAAUUCAGAAGUUCCUGGGAUGACUUCGCUGUGAAUGCUUGUGUAUCAAAGAAACAUUUUCCUGCCUGUGAAGCAGCUCUUGUAUCCUACGGAGGAAAGCUGAUGGACAAAGAUAUCUUUAGCUAUGUUUGUGUAGAACAGAAAAAAGAAUAAAAAAAUUUAGCAUUUCACAAUGAAUCUGUCGUAUUUCCUUCUGUGUCAUUCUUUUUGGAUGAAGUUAAUCUAGAUUUUAUUUUCCCCUUGGCUGCAGUCUGCUAAAUGUGUGUUGAAUUGUUUAAUUUUAGCAUAUUCAGUCCAAACUUUUUGGUGA